AUGGUGAAAAUGAUGGCAGAAGAUUGGGUGGAGUUGAGGAUAAACACAGAGAGGCAUGUGAUGAUCGCACGAGCCCGGGUUGCUCGAUUGAUUGUGAUCAGUUUAUACAGUCUGAUGACAUUCGCGUUCAUCGUGCUAAUCGUUCUUCCGACGUUCGGUCUACAUUUUCGGUACCUGUCGAAUCUCACGGAUCACGACAGACUGUUGCCCUUCGAGGCGUAUUAUUUCUAUGAUACAAAUAAGAGCCCACAGUUCGAGCUCACGCUUGGCGUUCAGGCUGCGACAAUGUUUCUGGGCGCGAUAACUUACUCAUCAGUGGACGGUUUUCUCGCACUCACGAUUUUUCACAUUAGCGGUCAAAUGGAGAACUUCAAACAUCGACUAGUCGACCUGACCUCGCGCAAAAAUUUCGAUCGCGCUUUGCGCGACAACAUACAGACCCAUGUACGACUGAUAAGAUUCGCAGCAAACAUCGAAGAUACGUUUACUUUAAUGAUGUUGGGACUAGUAUUCUAUUUUGGUAUUGUAUUUUGUCUAUUCGGAUUUCUGUUGGUUACUGUAAGUGUUAGUAGAAAGCGCAAAAUAUUGCUAGAUUUUGUAUGGGCGGUGAAAUUAAAUCGUUUAGGUUUGGAACUGAUCGGUUUAUGGCCGAGAAACGAUGAAAUUGCUAAGAAUAAAUUCGCUUCCGAUCUUCGCGUGGCCAUUAUUUUCAUUAUAGUGACGUUUAUCUCCGGCAUUCCGCUCAUAUGUUCCCUCAUACGAGUCUGGGGCGAUAUGAUACUUAUGGUAGACAAUCUCCAAAUUACUUUACCCUUGCUAAUGGUCUCAUUAAAACUUGCCGUCAUGCGAUGGAAACGGACAGCGCUUUUAUCCAUCGUGAAUAUGAUGGCGGAGGACUGGACGGAAAUGAAAACGAUGAAGGAGAGGAACGUGAUGAUAGGACGAGCGCAGAUUGCUCGGACGAUCAUCAUCAGCGGAUACGUCAUGAUGGUUAUGGCGUUCGUCGUGGUCGUCGUUCUUCCGUAUUUCGGCUUGUUGCUGACAAGACACACGACGAAUCUCACGGAUCCGGGCAAGCCGUUGCCGUUGCAGACUUAUUAUUUUUACGACACAGAUCCGAGCCCGCAAUUCGAGCUGACGUACAUCAUUCAAGCCAUCACCAUCUUCCUGGCCGCUGUUACUUACACGUCGGUGGACGGCUUUCUUGGACUCACGAUCCUUCACUUCUGCGGCCAGUUGGAAAACUUCAGAGGUCGCAUAGCCAUAUUGACUUCGUGCCAGAAUUUCAUCUGUGCUCUGAGCAACAAUGUGCUGAAUCAUGUACGGCUCAUCAGAUUUGCUAAUAUAAUUGAAGAUACUUUUACGUUAAUGAUGUUGGGUCUAGUGAUUUAUUUUGGUAUUGUAUUUUGUCUACAUGGAUUUCUGUUGCUUACUGUGAUCACCGAAGAAACUUUUUCCUUCUCGCGAUUAUGUUUCCCGUUAAUUGGCAUGAGUAUUUUGUUCUCUCAUACUUUUCUUUAUUGCGGUGCCGGGGAAAUUGUAACAAUGCAAUGCGAAAAUGUAUAUCGCACUAUAUGCGAUGUUGAAUGGUACAAACUAGAACCGAGGGAAGCAAAGAAUCUUAUCCUGUUAAUGAGACGAGCUAAUCAAACCUUCCGUAUCACAGCAGGAAAAAUAUUUCCUCUCACUAUGACCACGUUUUGCAGCCUAUUAAAAACAUCGGCUGGCUACAUAUCGUUUUUAUUAGCAAAACGAGGAUAAAAAAGUAUGAAAAUCAUAUUAAUAUAGUAUUUAUUCCAGUAGAGUAGGUGCAAUAAUCUCCAAUUAGAUAAUUACAUAAAUAU